AUGGUGGUGGAAGAGAAUGGCCAAGUGCCAGAUGUCAUGGCCAACACAAAGAGCCAAACAAAUCUAGAAAAGCCACGGAAGAAGGGUGUCGUGCGAUGGACAGUCGGACUUGUGGUGAGACUAUGCAUCUGGUACGCACUCGUUUCGCCAUUACUUCGAUGCCCAUCAAACCUCGAGGACCUCACGGAGACAUCGCCUCGAGUCUGCAAGCCUUACCUGAUUGCCCGUUCGCAUUUGGAACCUUAUGUGACGCCAUAUUAUGAUAUAUAUGCAGCGCCUUACGUUCAUCAAGCCCAGCCGUACGUGGAAGUGUUUAAUCAGCGAGUUUAUACCCCGGCAUCGAAAGUUGCCAAAUCAGGAUAUGAAAGAUAUGGAGCGCCAGCAUUGAAACAAGCCCAGGACUAUGGGGUUGAGCAAUGGCAGCAUCAAGUCACACCAAGACUACAGACUGCCCAAAGCAAGGUGCGCCAGCUUUACCUGGCCGAGAUCGAUCCCUACGUCCAGCAAAACAUUGCUGUGGUCUCACCAUUCUAUCAGAGGGUCAACAAUUUUGUGCUCACUGUCUAUCAAGGCCAUCUGGUACCUUUCUACGCCCAUUCGAGGCCUUUCAUUGAGAAGGCCUACUCCGCAGGCAGGGGUUUCUUGACAGCCCAUGUCGUGCCCCGAGCACAGUAUGCCUGGUCAUCCGCGGUCUACUAUGCUAACAGCUCACUAUGGCCUCACGUUACCGGUCUUUACUCUGAGCAAGUGGAGCCCCAACUGGUCAAGAUCGGCCAGCGGUUGGCAAGCUACAGGGAGGGAAAGCGACUUCGCGCUGUCAUAGAGGAUGUGGAUAGCAGCUCAAUUGUGCAGCCCGCCACCUCCUCGACCUCUAAGUUGCAGGAACAGAUUCACACCACGACCACCGUGACUUCUUCCACGCCCCAGCCUCCUGCCCAACCCACACUGACUCCUACCGAGCAAGCACAGCAAGCUCGUGAAAAGAUAGAUUCGGACCUUGGGCGGUGGCAAGGAAAGUUUGCUCUCGCAGCCGAUAAAGGUAUUGAAGAUCUCGAGGAACGUAUUGGGGAGAUAGUGUCCGCCCUAGUUGCAAGCAGCGCAAACAGCCACGGUCAGAGCCUUGCUACUGCGCUUCAGUCGGUUUCCGCUGAGCAGAUUUCUUCAAUCAAGCAACGUAUAAAUGAGCUUGCGGAUUCAAUGCCAGAGGAGGAUUUCCCGGAGGUCGAGAAGUCUACAAGCGACUUGCUGGUCAGGGAUAUUCGAACUUCCGCUAUCUUAGUGAGAGAUCGCGCCCAUGCACUCCGUGAGUGGUCUAUCUCGUUCGAAGACGAGCUUGUUCGCCGAGUGACUGCUGCUGUCAAUUCGACACUGGAUGUUCUCGACAGCAUUCGCGAUCUAGGCCUACAAGAGAUUGGCAUGCGCUGGGCGUGGAUGGACGGUGUCACAUACAAGGAUUGGGCAAAGUACCAUGCCCUCAAAGCCCAACUCGAAGAAUGGCGCAACGACAUCCGAAAUGUCGGCAUGAACCACAAAUCCGUAUCCGACGCUAGAGCCGUGGCAAGUGACAUCAUGGACCAGGGCAUGCAUGAAGCCGAAGAAGCUGCCAGAGAACUUGUCCGGUUGAAGGAUGUUGGGAUCUGGAAGAUCGCUGCUCGUGAAGUAAGCGAUGAUUUCGAAACUCGCAAGGAAGCCCCGCCGGCGAGACCCAAGCCCCAAGAGACUAAGGUGUCUGACGAAGAGGCCGCCAAAAUGGAUUCUAACCACCAUGAGUCUUCCGAAAAGGUGACAGCACCAACCUCGGACGACGUUUACGAGGAAACACACUCCGCCGAUGUGCCUUCACCAGCUGUCGAUUCUGAGGCAGAUUUUGAUAGCGCUGACGAGUCUGUGAUGAAUGAUGAUAUUGUGGUGGAAGAGGAACUUCCUGCAAGAUCCGCCUUUGGUGUUGCGGCUGCCGAUGCAAAUUUGCAUCAAGCACCUAUCCUAGAUGACGAGAGCCACGAUGUCCUGGACAGUUUGGCGAGCAAGGCCAGCGAUACUUAUAGCGAUGUGAGCAAUGCUGUCAGUGAAGCUAUCUACGGUGCAUCGACGACCCCCGGGAUCGGCGAGAAGGCAGCAUCAUUGGCCAGUGAACAAUAUUCUCUUGCCUGGUCAGCCGCCUCAACCGUUAUCCAUGGCACUCCUCUGAGUCCCGGAGAGCAGGUUUCCAGUGCUGCCUCUGAAAAAUAUAGCGAAGCUGUAGCCGCUGCGUCGUCGGUCAUCUACGGCACCCCAACACCGAUAGUCCAAUCUUUGAUGGGCGGAGUCAGCUCGGCAUUUGCUGAUUCAACAGACCAGGCUAAAGUGCUCUAUGAGAUUGCGAAGUCUCAAGUUAUCGGCCAAAUGGCUGAAUCUAGCGCUCCUGCACAUGCUCAGCUCCUAGCCUCCAUAGAGUCAGCCUAUUCUGGGUCUUUAAAGUAUGCCACAGAUGAGCUGGAGUCGAAGCUCCGCGCGAUUCGUCCUACUCCGACGCCAUCCAACGAUGGACCUCUGGCCCAAAUCUCAUCCAUCGCUUCUUCCCGGCUAAGCCAGGGACUGAGCUUAGCGUCCGAACAACUAGCCCAGGUGCAGUCACCAGCGCCAACAGCUACUCCUCCUGAGGGAGGCCUCCACCCAUUCGUCCUUGAUGCGCAGCGUCGCUACUACGAGGCAGUUGGGUUGGCCCAUGACCAUUACUCUGCUUUUGUCUCUACGGCAUCUAGAGCGAUCUAUAGUUCUCCAACUCCCACGCCAGUCGGACCUUUCAAGGGAAUUGUUGAGGAAGCCGGGUCUCAAUAUGAGCACGCUUCGUCGUUGGCUUCUGCCAGCCUUGCCGCUGUCGUCGCAUCGGCAAGCUCAGUCAUCUCUCCUGCGGAUGGUGGCAAAGCACAAAGCAUUAUUGAUGAUGCUUCGUCCAGAUACAAUGCUGCCCUCUCUGCGGCUUCUUCCUCUCUCUCGAUGGCUUCCAUUUCGGCCAGCUCGGCCAUCUAUGGAACUUCCGCCGGCCCUGUGGCGUCCUUUUCGAGUCAAGUCUCUGAAAAUUGGGAAAAUAUCAUCUCUUACGCCAGCGAGCAGAUAUACGGUGCACCAACGCCAUAUUUGCAACAAGUGGUGAACAACGGACGUCCGCAAUUUGAAGCAGUCCAGCAGCUCGUCGCUGAACUAAUUGUGGGUAAGGAGCCUUCAUUUACCGAGAGUGUGCUGAGCAAGCUCAACGCCGCAUAUGAGACGCCAUACCCAACUGCAGCUGUCUCCUCUGCCUCUAGCUACAUUAACCAAGCUUACGGAUCUGCGUCCUCCGCUGCUGCUUCUAUCGUUUCUGAAGCCCCCAGCGUAGAGGACAUCAUUCAACGCGCGGAAGACCAACUCCAUGCUGCUGUCGAAGCCGCUAGCGCUGGUAUCUACGAAAGUCCCAAGGGUUUCUACGAAAAGGCCACCGAAGCUGCAGCCGAUGUCUAUUCGACGGCUUCCGCUCAAAUCAGUAGCGCUGUUCACGGCAAGGAAUCUGGUUACAUCGAUGGCGCCAAAGAUGCCAUUGAAAAUAUCCAAUCCAAAGCCAGCACAGCUGUCUACGGCGAGGAACCCAACGCAAUGGAGAGUGCAGGUACCCGUCUUAUUGGCGCCCUUGAAAGCGCCAAUUCUCAGCUUGCUGGUCUAGCCGCCAAAUAUGGCAGCGUUGCGUCCGAAGCAGUCGAGACUGCCGCAUCCUACGUUGAAGAUACAACAAGCAGCAUUAAGAAUGCUGCAGCUUCAGCCAAAGAUGAACUCUGA